AUGGGACGUAGAUUUCGAAUUGAAAUCGGAGUCGAGAGGCAUGUGUACCCUGAAUGCCGACUGUCAGAGAAGGGAAUCGAAUACGUGGGAAGCAAGAACGAGACCGAGAAUGGAAAAUCUUGCCAACGUUGGGACGUAGAUACCACACUACUUCGAGAAUUGACUUACCCCUAUUCAUUUUCAUUCUACGACCUCACCAGGUCCAUAUCUCCAGAGAAUCACUGCCGGAACACUGGACAAUUGGACCGGCCGUGGUGUAUGGUAUCUGAUCUCAAUACUGUGUGGGAGUACUGUGACAUUCCCGUUUGCGAAAAUCUAGAUCCGCUGGAAUGCAAGUUGAGUCAAUCUGGAAUCGAGUAUGUCGGGAAGCUGAACGUGACGAUAUCUGGGUAUCCCUGCAAACCUUGGUUGGAGGUGUGUGCAAAAAUGCCCUCUGCGUGCGAACAGCUAGGAUCGAGAUUUCCAGACGAACUUGAUGGGAAUCACCGGUUUUGUCGAAAUAAGGCUCCAUCAUACCACGGCCCAUGGUGUUUCACCUACUCUGACGACGGAAUUGAAUGGGAGUAUUGUGACGUUCCCUUUUGCCCACCUACCGAUCAGAAACGAUGCGACAUUCGAGUGGGUGGACGUUGCGUCAGUCGAGGGGGCAAUCAACCGUACAUGAAUCCCACCAAUUUUCCGGACGACUUGCACGCACACCACAACUACUGUCGGAACCCGAAUGGAGACGAAGGGGUUUGGUGUUACAAAGCUUCCGGGGUGGGACGGGACUACUGUGACGUCCCCAAAUGUCCUUGAACCUCCCCUUACAGUGAGACACAUAUGAGGACCAUUUUAUCAAUGUUUCUACCGCCCGAAUAUUCCUGAUACUCGGGCUGAACAAUGUAUGUGGAUUUCAUUUGUUUCAUUUCGAGAUACGGAGCUUUGGCGAUAAUGAUAUCGUCCUGAUGUACGCAAAUCGAUUUUAUCGUCGACGAUUUCUAUGGGGAAAUUUAUCAUUCCAUCUACUUUCUUCGGGUGGGGUUUAUUUAUUUUUUUUAGAGAUAGGGACUUCCUACCGUUCUGGAUAUCCUGGUAUAGCAAUCCCAAUUUCUUUCGUUCUGAUCGCGGGAAAGUUGCAUUCAAACAGCAAAGCAUACUCUGGCAGUGAG